GGAUUGUGCGAUCGUAAAAUUGAACAUAUGUCAGAAAGCCAUCCUCACAUGUGAAUUUCUUAAUGAAUUUUAUCACAGUUGCAGAUCAGCGUUAUGUUGAAGCCCACCAAUCGCACUAUUGGAAGUUUCUUUAGGACUCAAAGAUGUUAUUGCAGAGCUUGCAGGCUCGUCUAUAAUUACCAGUACCACUGUAACACCGUGUAAAUUGGGUGAUUUGGGGAUGGGUCAGCGAUGGUAGUCACCGUGUUCAGCAAGAGAGGGCAGCAAUGAGACAGAAGCUACAGUGUAUGUUACAAAAUGCAUUGGUUCCCAGCCAUUAGAUAACAUGGAAGAGACAAUGGAGGGUGAUGGUGUCAGGUCACCCUGGACUGAGCAUGGGCAGCGUAUCAUGUCAGCCGUAUUGGACAAGUAUAGUGAAUACUUGACAGUAACCGACACCAUUUUUGAGACCUUAUUAAAGUUUAGCUCCUCAAAGCCUCAUGUUGUGUUGGAACAGAAAAUGGCCAAUACGACCACAAGUACCCACAUAUAUCCCAACCCCAACAGGCUUUCAGUGGGUUCAGAGCCUAUCACAUCUAAGGAAAUGGGCACUAAGUUCAAGAGCCGUGAGGCGAUCAUGGAGUUAUUAAUUCCUCUCGGAGUUGAGUUCGGUGAUGAAGUCAGCUGUAGAGAUAUCAACCAGGCAGCAUUUGACUUAGCACUGUCAACUGCAUCUGGUCUUUCCAAAUCUCGGUUUGAGACCCGGGGACGAUCCUCCACCUUCCACCCUGAUGAAGUCAAGUUGACAGGCUCUGGCUGGCUUGAAGCUCACCUCCUGUACAGUAUCACAGAUGCAGGGCUGGAAGUGAAAUCUCCGUCGCUACCUACAGAUGUCAACGUGGGAUUUGGAUUGGGCGGGAUGCAUUACUGUAAGCUGCUUACCCCAACCCGUGCCCUCGAAUACCUCAUAAUCGACAGCCUUGUGGGUACACAGCCUUAGCUUCUACUCACAGCUAUUUUUCAUAUCUGCUAAAGCUGAUCAGUUAUGAAGGCCCCCAGAUUGGCUACUGAUGUACAACACCAGUCCCUUCCUCUUCGUUUGUCACACCUGGGCCAACACAACCAAGGAUGCUAUAUACUGUGAAACAAAAGAUAUAAAAAAUUUGAAAAUAGCUCUCAUGCUACUAUAAGGUCCACAUCCUGUUUACAGUUCUCUCAGGCCAUCAUCCAUGAGAAUUUGUCUAAAUUAUUCUACUUAGCCUGACAUGACUUAAUCCCGUCAAUGCCCUUCACUUAAUUUGGAUCCUUUAUGGUUGCCUGGAAACCAAAGAGACAGUUACAACAACUUCUUCAGAAGGAUGCUGUCGUUGACUUGAACUUUGAUCUGUCACUUAUCAUGUGAAAUUAUCACGGUAACAUUAACCACUGCAUUUAAAAGCUGAGAAUAACAUUAAUUUUGGCUGUACUCACAAUUUUAAAGCUGCAGCACCAGAGGUUGGGAUAGGAAGUGUAGCGAGUCCGGCUUGUGGUGUAAUAUACUGUGUUGUCAUAUCGA